GGAGCGUUCCAGCAUGGAGCGCGAGCCCAGCGCCACGGCAGCCGCCCCUGCUGCGGCCGCGCUCUUCGCCUGGGGUGCAAAUAGCUAUGGGCAACUUGGCCUUGGCCACAAGGAAGAUGUGCUUUUGCCCCAGCAGCUGAGCGACUUCUGUAAUCCUGGAUGUGUCAAGAGGAUCACGGGAGGAGGGGGUCACUCUGCUGUUGUCACAGAUGAAGGAAGCCUUUUUGUCUGUGGCCUGAACAAAGAUGGGCAACUGGGGCUUGGUCACACCGAGGAUGCCCUGUACUUUACCCCCUGCAAAUCCCUCCUUGGAUGUCCCAUCCAACAGGUGGCCUGUGGCUGGGAUUUUACCAUUAUACUUACAGAAAAUGGUCAAGUUCUAUCAUGUGGAUCCAAUUCCUUUGGCCAAUUAGGAAUUCCUCAUGGGCCUCGAAGAUGUGUGGUCCCCCAGGCCAUUGAGCCCCUGAGAGAGAAGGUUGUUAGUAUUGCUGCUGGACUCAGGCAUGCUUUAGCUGCAACAGCUAGUGGCAUGGUGUUCCAGUGGGGAACUGGUUUGGCAUCAUCUGGACGGCGGUUGUGCCCUGGGCAGACUCUCCCACUGUUUUUGACAGCAAAGGAACCAAGCAGAGUGACAGGCCUAGAGAAUUCUCAAGCAGUAUGUGUUCUUGCUGGCUCAGACCACUCAGCUUCACUGACAGAUGCAGGAGAGCUGUUUGUUUGGGGAAGCAACAAGCAUGGGCAACUGGCUUCCCAUGCUGCUUUCCUUCCUGUGCCCCAGAAGAUAGAAGCACAUUGUUUUCAGAAUGAAAAGAUCGCUGCUGUCUGGAAUGGGUGGACACACCUGGUUGCUCAGACAGAAACUGGCAAGGUGUUUACCUGGGGCCGAGCAGACUACGGUCAACUGGGGAGGACAUUGAAGUCUCAUGAAGGCUGGAAACCAAAGAAGCAGGAUCCAUCCCUCUGCUGCUCCAGGCCAUCAAAGAGCACACCUUCCUCUCUGCAUUGCUUAACGGGAGCAACUGAGGUCUCCUGUGGCUCAGAGCAUAAUCUGGCAGUGAUUGGCGGGACGUGUUACUCUUGGGGCUGGAACGAGCACGGCAUGUGCGGGGACGGCACCGAAGCCAACGUCUGGGCCCCAAAGCCCGUGCCAGCUCUGCGGUCAUUGUCGGGACUCCGCGUGGGCUGCGGGGCCGGCCACUCCCUGGCCCUCUGCCAGUGGCCAGCCCUCCCUGCCCUGGGCCAGCACCCCAGGGUCACUGGUCCUUUCCCAGAUGCCACCGAGGAAGCCGGAUCUCAAGAAGCCAUGGACCAAGAGAGAAACUGGAAAGACAGACAUGCAGAAGCUUCUCCCCAAAGCCAAUCUGACAGGUUCAGAAAUGGGGGGCUUGUGACAGAGACCCUUUAAUAAAGCAACUUUACCCACCCAAAGUGUCCCCAGAAAAAU